GUCCUCUGUCAAGAUUUUAGUGAUGAUUUAGUGGACUUCGACGAUCAGGCCUAUAUGUCAUCUCUAUAUUUCAGUGACAGCUGUGUUAUAAACAUGAAUUCUGGUUUCAUCUUUCUAGCAAUUUUAUUUCUGACUGUUAAAGGCGAAAUCAAUAGUGGUGUCGUCUUACCCUCUAAGUGUGAAGUUUGCAAGCUUCUUGUAACAGAAAUACUUAUCCGUCUAAAAGAAACGAAAUCAAGCGAUUCUCUGAGCAUCAGUUCUGAUCGUGGCAAUUCAAAGAAAGUUAAGUAUGAGACAUCAGAAAUCAGACUUUUUGAAAUCAUGGAGGAUCCUCCUAUAUGCAGUAGGUUACUUCAGUACAAAGUGCACAAAGAACGACAGGACAGCACCAGAUUUGAUAAAAGUGUACCUCAGACAAUGAAGUCUCUCAGUGAACUGGUGAAUCGUGGUGUUGAUGUGAAGCUGGAUGUCCCUUUUGAGCUAUGGGAUAAACCAUCAGCAGAAGUUACAGCUUUGUUCAAAGAGUGCAUUCCACUUGUUAGUGAAUACCAGGAUACUAUUGAAGAAUGGUUUUUUAAACACCAAGAUCAGAAUCUGUACAACUAUCUUUGUCGUGAGAAUGUUCUGGAUGAAUUUUCACAAGGUAAGUUUCAUCAUCAAGUUCGAUAGCUUUAGUUGCUUAUAAUGUAUGUAACUACAAGUCGGCUUUUAUUUUCGAAAUAUAUUCAGAUAUUUCACUUCAUAUGGUUGAACUGAGUUGGCUUUGCUUUUCAUAUUCAUUUAUAUGAAAGCCAAACAUACGUUACUCAGACAUUGUACAUAAGUUCCUUUGUUUGCAGUCAUUGGUUUACAGAUCUCAGUAAACUGGGUUUCUAGCUUUUUCCUCCUUCAGAUAGCAUUCUAUGAAGUGUACACUUUAUUGGUUUAAUAGAUGACUAUUGACAUAACCAGUUUGAGAUUCAUGUUCUGUGUUAUAAACAUCAGGAUAACUAGUGGAGGAUUUCAGUUUAGUGUCCACUUAAUAGUUGUGAUCUGUUAAGCAAUACUUUUAUCGGUCUGUGGUUGAACUUAGCAGAGUAAAUUGAUCAGAACGCACAACUUCCUUCCUUUUGUCUCAUGCUUUUACACGCAGUUUGUAGCAACUGUUUCUGCUGUCACCUAUAUUUUUAUGUACUCUUUUCAACAAUCAGUGACCGUGGUCAUGUUUCUCUCCUCUUCUUUCCCUUCAUAGUACUUUCACUCACUUAUUCAUGAAGGUUGUUUAGGAUUAUGCUCACUACUGAAACGUACAAGCAGUCUUUUGAACAUGAAAAUUCCAAAUGAAGCUGGAUAGUGAUCACAUUUUUGAUUUACUCGCUAACUCCUUGUCACACAUAUGCCUAUACUACAAAGGUAACGGUGGUCGGAUGCCUGAAACUUUCUUAUAUCUUCUACAUUUAAUGACCAUAUUUCAUAUCCAGCAAUAGAAAAGAGUAAACUACAUGCAGUACACUGAACCCUUAACAGACAGUCGGAUAUCAUGGUGGUGACAUAGAUGGUCUAAGCUGACGAAAGCUAAUCGAGCCUUUGGAUUUGGGCUGAGACUUCAUCGGUCACUGACCCAACAGGGCUAACCCGACUUCCCAGGUAAGUGAAAUAGUCAAGGCGCUCAACCAUUUCACUCCUUAUGCCAACACAAAGCAGUCCUGAGCUAACAGUUUGCAUUUGGAUGACGAGAAACCCUUCCCGAACAAUGACGAGUUGUCACUCAAAAUGUUCAGAAGACUGCAUCUACGAUUAGUAAGGAGUUUCACGUGGCAAGACUAAUCCCAGAAAGGUCAGACGAGUAGAAGAAGACCUCCACUAACAUACCUAUGUGAAAAUUAAAUAAGGAUAGACAAUGAACAUCCUUGAUAGGCUCCAGUCACGUGACCGCACGCCAGAGAUUCCAACUCGUCCAAAUGUGUUCCAAUACAGACGCUUCGAUAGGAAGUUGCACAAACUGUGACUGCUACCGGUUAGAGGGGGGGGGUCAUGUCUGAUCCACAUACGCCAGCUGAUACAGUAAUUAAUCCAACCAAUAAUCCUCGACCACCUUCUCUAAAUACCUGUGGUACUAGCUGACCUAGCUCUCAUGUCAGUUCAUUUCUCAGGGUACUUACAGUCUUCUCAAUUUCUGUAAGUGUUGGACACCCUACCGAAGUGUUUUAUUUACGCAGGGCAUAUAUGGUGAUGUCCCCAUCAAUUCGACAUUCGAACGUCAGGCAGGCUAGCUUUACUGGAGUGUUAUAUCUCAUCUGUCUAUAUUAGAUUUGAUUAUUCAAUACAACAUACAGUAUUAUUUACUGAUGAGACUUGGAACAUAAAUUAUUCCUUAUGGUCAUGUCAAUGUAAUCACACAACUUUCGACAUCUGAUUUUUAUCGUCCUAUCACCUCAUAUUCUUUCUUUAUUGGUAGUAGUAAAAUUUCCCACUUCUUUGUAAUAGGUGUUUUGUCAUUCUCAUUACACGUACUGGGUGUUGAUUCAACGAACAAAGAUUCAGUAAUCGACCUCUCUACCUGACUACGUUGAACCAUGAUUUAACCCCCCUCCCUUAUUAUGUGGUUGCAUGUUAAUACUUGGAUUUCAAUAGCCGAGUUUUUUCUAGAUUAUUGGUCAUAUUGGGGCCUUUCAUUCUGCAUUUGCCUAAAUUACUGUGCUCUGAUAACGUAACUGACUCCGAUUGUCUGGUUUGAUCGAUGUACUUGACUUCACAGUCAUCACCUGGGACUUCUAGAUCAAAUUAUUUUGCUUAAUUGGGUCUGUCGGAUCUUUAGGCCGAUAAAGUUUAUUUGUGAGCGCGUUUGUUGUUUUGAAUGCCAUCCUAAUCCUAGCGUUGUUGACAAUCCUACGUAAAGUUUCCAAUGUUCCCUUCUUAUAUGGUAACACAAUAAAGGCCUUAAACUCCUUUCUACCUGUGCCGCAAUUGUUCAUAUUCCUACUACUGUUAUUACUUUGUUUUUUAUGUGUUCCUAUGAACAUAUGACUAAACUGUAGAGAAUAAUUACUAGUGUUUCCUUUAUAUGUUUCAUUCCUUACUUAAGUCAUUGCAUUGACCAAAAAGUUAACUAACUAUAAUUUAGACAUUCGACUAAACCCUCCUUUGGGAUAUUGGACAGACAGACAAAAUAAACGUAGAACCUAGCUUACGGAUGGAUUGGUUCAAACUGCCAUCCGCAAGCAAUGCUACGAAGACACUCAUACUCAAAAUCCUGUAAUCUCUUCAUAUCCUCUACUUUCAAAGGCCAUAUCUCUCAGCUCUGUAAUCAAAUAGUACAAACUACAGCGCGACAAACAAGUAGUCGAAUAUCUCCCCAAUCGGCGCAUGAGGUGACGCCAGUUGGCAAAUGCCAAACGAGCCUUCUCUGUCCGAGUUAAGAUUUCAUUGACAAACAGCCCGUUCGGGCUAAUUCAAAUUCCCAAGUAAGUGAAGCUAUGGACAUAUCCCACUACUUCGCUCUGUUUCAAUAAACCGCCAGUAGUUGUAGACCAGUUCUGGAACAUCGUCUUGCAUUUGACACGUGCGAUAUAACUGCAAGUCAAAACAAACUCAGAUUUCUGCUCAACGUGUUCAGAAGACCCUUCAUUUUGUCAACGUCUUCACCCAGCAGGGAAACAUCGUCUGCGUACCCCUCGUCAACCACGUGCUUUCUAGGGCUAAGGUCAAUCGCUAUGAAAUUAGAGGUACCUAAGGUUGUGUCUAUUAGUACAUGUGCAACGAAAUUAAAAAGGAGCGAUGUCAACGGGCAUCCCUGACAGACACCAUUAUUUGUCGUUAAUUGUGAUGACAACUCUCUAUAAACCAUGACACGACUGCGUGAGUCUAAGUGGAGAGCUAUGAGUACUUUUUCACAGUCAGACGAUGUCAAAACAUCUCACAGUGGACAGAGUUGAGUGCUACCUUCGUGUCAGGAAGUAUGAUUUGUUUCGGCAGCCAUUAAGUAUGCUCGUGUUGCAUAACCUGACAAAGGGUGGUGAUGCGGUGAAUGCCCCCUCAGCCAUGUCUGAAACCUGCUUGCUUUUCUCGAGUUUUUUUUUCUCCAGCUGCAGUUAGAUCUCAGAUAACCAUAGGCCUUAAUACACCUAUGAUUGCCACUUGAAAACUUCUCUCCCUUCUUAUAGACUGGGAUGAUCAGCGAAGCAGACCAGUCUGACGGGACUACUUCUGACUCUCACACACUACUUAGUGCUUCCGUCGCUCUGAUCAGUAUUUCCGUACCUCUAUCCUUCAAACCUUCUGAUACCAGAGUCAGGUGCUGCUGCUCUACAUCGUUUCAGAAUUUGAUACGGUCAUCUUUAAUUCGAUGAGAGUUGUAGGACCGUUGAGGUUCUCGUUGGGGGCCAGUUAAUCUGUGAUUCAAAGCGUCCCCCUCCCAUAACUGUAGCCGUCUGUCUUGGGAGGUUAUCAGCGUUCUAUCCUUUUCGGUGGUGGUUUCACCAACCACCGUUUUCUUCUUGCCUGUAUCCUUAAUAAUCCUAAAUAAUUGCUGAGUUUUACCUAUCACUGAUGCCUCCUCCAUCUCUCUUGCUUUCGCCAUCUAUCACUGCUCACGAUCAUUGCAAAGGCUCUUGGUCAAUUUACGUUUAGGUCGCUUUCACUCUUCAUUGUUGUCAGAGCCGGCUGAAAUGAGUUUUCUCGCAUUAGUCAGUUCGGAUGAGGUAGAGGGAAUCCAUCAACGUUUGGUAACUUUGGGAUGUAGGUUACCAACUGUCUUUAUCACUUUUUCUGAAACAGACUAAAUAUCACUCUAGGUUUCCUCCGGAUGAGGAUUGCUGCCACUUUCAAAUAAGUGCUUAGCUAUCUCCUCCCUGUAUGAGUACUUGAUCUCCCCUUCCAUUCGAGCACAAACAGGUUUGACUCGCGCUUAUUUUAUGGGACCAGUAAGACUCAGACAAACAUGAGCCCGUACUAACGCGAGAUGAGGGUUCAAGCAAGUAUUCAAGAAAGUGCGUCAAUCGUUCACCGAUUCUCUGCAACGAUGACUUAUAGCAUUAUGAUCUGUCUGUAUCCAUCGUUGGUUUGAUGCCAGUGGACGCCUCCUGGAGACAGUGUAUCUCGUUAUGCAUACAAAUAGUGCUAAUCAAAAGCGAGUGAUUGUCAGAAGAAAUUUACGAAAGACGAUCACCGUUGUCGGGUCUCUGGCAUGGAAUGCCACAAAUAACUCCGAGGUGCCUUUCCGACUGGCUUAGCUUUCCUACUUGGGCACGAUAGUAUGACAAUAUGUGAACGUUUUGCUUCCUGUAGCGGAACUGGUAGGUUUUGAUGGAACCUAUCCUUUGCAUCAACGGAACUACAGUCAGUGGAUGUGUGGGUGGAGAUUACGAAUAGGCAUCGGGAAGUCUCUCGAUCCUGCGUUGACCUUACAGAUCCAUUCAAUUGAACACCACACAGACAAGUGUUGACUGGUGAGAGAUGCUUGUUGUUCGAUUUAACUUAGUGUGAAAUCGUUAGCGGGGUCUUAGGAGACUAGGAAUGAGGUUUAGAUGACUUCAGUCGUUGCCAACGAUCGCAGAGUAAGUGAGUGGUUGAUGAAAUUGUAAGAGACUCAAUAUUAGUAUCAGGUGGUAAAGGCAAAGGAGUAGACUAAGUUGAGGAGGAUGGAUUAUGUUUGAUUGGGUCCUGUAUACUACUGGAAGCGUGUUGGCGGUCGUCACUUUCCAACUAGACAUACCAUACAUGGAAGGCUUUUUCUUCUUAAGGCACGUGAUAGAAAAAGAAAUUUCUGUUAGUGCAGAUCCCACAGGACAUCUGCUUGAGACCUGUCACAGACAGCCUUUUGAGGAUUGUUGACAUGUGACUUGAUUGUUCUAUUACCAGAUUGAGGAAACCCAUACAACCGGCGCAGGAAGACUAGUACAGGGAGUAGUGUGGUGUUUUUAAAGCUAAUCGGGUGCUGCCAGUCUUCCACGGGAAGCACUUAACUGCUGUCACAUCCCAGCCAGCAGUGCGACUUCGCCGUCUGAUCCCCAACAUAAAGUAGCAAUUUAUACCACAGUGGUAGCUGGUUUACAUCAUACUACUAUCCAACAAACCUUUCUGAUAUGGUAGGACCUAGGGGGAGGAAGCGUUGCGGCCUCAUUAGUAUAAAACUUGGAAACUGUGGUAGAAUGUAAUUCCAGAUUGGAUUUUCUUAUUUAAUGUAUAACACAGCGACCUUUGAAAUAAACGAACCUGGUGUGGAAGCGUUCCACUCCUUGUAUCUCAUUGAUUCACUAUGAUAUGCAAGCCCGACCACCAUAUCCAGGUAGCAGCUAUCGAUUGGGUACCUGAACAACAGUUCGUUCUUCAUUAUACUUUGCAGUCCAACAUGGCUAAUUCUCUUUUUUAUACCUUCUGCACCAACUGGAUUGCAUCUACUACUGAGUUUAUAUUUUGAAAAACUGCCGGUAUGUUCCAAUUUCAAGCCAUCAAUGUGUCAUCUAUAUAUCACCAUUUCUUAGGUGUAGGAUUAAAUGUUUUUAAAGCCGUAUGUUCCAUAAUCAUAACUCCUACCAUUGGAAAUAUGGGUGAUCCCUUUGCUACCCCUUCUGCUUGUCUACAUAUCUUGUCUUGAAAUUUCACUUCCGUUCCCCUUCUUUUUCCGUGCACAACAGCCUUGAACUAAUGUCUUGUUUGAUAUACUGUAUUUUCUCUAAUCUGCCUGCAUCCACGUCAUCCCUUACAACUUUCGUUGUAAAUUACAAUCUGAUUUUCAUUUUAACAUUCAAGGUUUUGGAUUAGCGAAUUCAUAAUUUUGUUUUAGGAUGUUUGGAUGAAGGAAACGUUGGUCAACUGGAAAAGCUACCAGAGUUACAUGACUCAAACGAAUUAUAACGUAUGCACAACACAUGAUAACCUAUUUUAAUUGUAUUUGUAGUGAAUUUAUUUGCAUAUAUGAAUUUCUUGUAUAUAUAAGUAAUGGUGAUUUAUUUAUUUUUACCCUUU